AGGAGUAGAUUACAAAGAAAUAACGCAGUUACGUUCAAAAUGAGGUCAAAUCACCGCAAAAAUCAACCGCUUUAGCGCAGAGUUGGUGUGGGAAUGUUUUGGCAGCGCUGUUUGGGAUCUGUUCUCGCUCCCUGAUCCCAACGGGUGGACCUGAAGGCGUGGUAAGUGGUGGGAGCUGGUGGGGGCUGCUGUCCUCGUGCCCUCCACUCGCAUAUCGAGUUCUCCCUCGACGAAAUGAACAUGGACGCUAAAAGAUAGACGUCUUCUGACCUGUUUCCUCUCUGUUUGGAGUUUAUAUUAAUUUACUUUAAAUAAAAAAGGAGCACUUGUCUUCGUGGGACAGAGGGAGAGACAAACUGAACCAUGGUGGAGCCAAAAGGGUAGAUUUUACCCAUGAAGAAGUUUGUUCCACAAGUUUUGGAUUAGGAGGGAGGACGAGGAAGAUCACAUCAACAGGGCCAACAGUAACAACAUGCUCCUGGCCUCUGCUGUGGUGGUGUGGGAAUGGCUCAAUGAACACGGCCGGUGGCGGCCCUACAGCCCCGCCGUCUCCCACCAGAUAGAGGCGGCCAUCCGGAGCAGCGACCCCCGCGGAGGAAGCGUGGUCCUCGGCCAGGUCGACAGUCGGCUCUCCCCGUACAUCAUAGAUCUCCAGUCCAUGCACCAGUUCAGACAGGACACAGGAACCAUCCGUCCGGUGCGGAGGACUUUUUAUGAUCCCGUCUCGGCGCCGGGUCAGGGCUGGCAGUGGGAGUGGGAAAACGAUGCGGGCACGUGGACGGCGUACGACAUGGAGGUGGCCAUCGCCAUCGAGAGCGCCCAUAGCCGGCCGCAGACCUGCCUGGACCUGACUCCGCUCGGCUUCUGCUACCUCAUCGACUUCCAGAACAUGACCCAGGUGAACAGACAGAGCCAGAGGUGUCGCAGGAUCCAGAGGCGUGCUGACAUGGCCUAUCCUUUAGUGUCCGGGCCUCUCCCUGUACCCAAAGGUGGAGGUGUUGGAGGAGGGCUGACCGGAGCCCUUCUGGGUGUCGGGGUGUCGGGGGCCAGCAUGGGAGUCGGAAGCUCCAUCACCUCUAACGGGGGCCUGCAGGCUGCUGGCCUUGGCCAGCCUUGUUCCUGCCAGCAGUGCAUGCUGGUCCUCAGUGUGAAGACCAACACGGGUGGAGGAGCGGCGAUACAGACUCUGGGAAGACGCUCAUUAACCAUCCAGCGGCCCAAGAACUCUGUACCACCCACCUCCAAACCUCUGAGUCCAUCCAAAUCCGCCACUCUGGGACGAGGCCAGCAGCAGAACUCCAACUCCAACUCCAACUACUACCAGACGCUGCCGCAUGGCCUCGCCAUCACCAAAAACACUGCCUCCCCGCGGAGGAACGCCCAGCUCUUCGCCCAGUCGCUGGUGGCUCUCACCGCCGGUGCCUCCUCCAUGGGAAUUUCCUCCAACAGGCCGCCUCCCCCAUCCCUACCACCGCCUCAGCCCCCCUCCUCCAACCCAAACCUCAACCCUCCGUCCAUUCCGCCCAAACACUCCUCCUCAUCCUCAGCCGGCGAAUCGGUGCCAACUGCCACAUUAAUAACCCCCGCCAGUGGCGUGACCACACCCCCCUCCCCAGUGCCAUCUCCAUCAGCUGUGGUGAUGAAGCCGCAGCGUGCGCCGUCGUCAGCGGCAACGGUGUGCCACGCCCCGUUGCCACAGCGAUCCAGCUUAGCCGGGCUGAGCAGGCCGGCAUUACAGAGGAUCGCCAUGGCACAGUCCAGAGCGCUCAUCGCAUCCGGUGUGCCCACCGUCCCUGUGAAAAACCUGAAUGGAUCCAGUCCUGUCCACCCUGCGCUGGCCGGGAUCACAGGAAUCCUGAUGAGCGCCGCCGCGCUGCCCGUGUGUCUGACCAGGCCUCCGAAGCUGGUGCUGCAUCCUCCACCCGUCAGCAAGAGCGACAUUAAACCGGUGCCAGGCUUCGGCCACUGCUGCAGGAAGACCACCAAGAAACAGGCUCGCAAAGGUAAAACUCCAGAGGAGGUGGUGAAGAAGUACCUGCAGAAAGUAAAAAGUCCACCAGAGGAGGACUGUACCAUCUGUAUGGAGCCCUUAGGGGGGCCGUCUGGAUACAAAGGUCCAGGUGUGGGUCCUGUUUCCAGAGCAGAGUCAGUGGGGCGACUGGCACAGUGUGGACACCAGUACCACUUCCAGUGUCUGGUGGCGAUGUACAACAACGGCAACAAGGACGGCAGUCUUCAGUGUCCAACAUGUAAAACCAUCUACGGCGUGAAGACAGGCAACCAGCCAGCAGGGAAGAUGGAGUACCACAUCAUCCCUCACUCUCUACCCGGCCAUCCCGACUGCAAAACCAUCCGCAUCAUCUACAACAUCCCACCGGGCAUUCAGGGACCAGAGCAUCCGAACCCAGGGAAGCCCUUCACUGCCAGAGGCUUCCCUCGACACUGCUACCUCCCAGACAGCGAGAAAGGACGCAAGGUACUGAGACUGCUCCUGGUGGCGUGGGACCGCCGGCUCAUCUUCUCAGUCGGGACUUCAAGCACGACGGGAGAGUCCGACACCGUCAUCUGGAACGAGGUCCACCACAAGACGGAGUUCGGCUCCAACCUGACGGGUCACGGCUUCCCCGACCCCGGACACCUGGACAACGUCCUGGAAGAGCUCCGUGCUCAGGGCAUCACAGAGGAUGACGCACUGGUGGAAAAGUGAAUGGUCAACACCACCAGCACAAGAGGAGGAGGAGGAGGAGAUGUGGGGCCUGAUGAGGAAAAUAAGAGGAGGAGCUCCUGGACUGAGAAAGACUGCCAGCACUUAGAAGGGGUGCAGGGGGUGGGGGACGCUGGGGACUAUGGAGGAUGCUGGUUUUGUCUCGGAGAAGUCAGUCCUCUGAGACGAUAACUGUUCAAACGUCACCGUUUUCCAAACCAGCGAGUAGAAGUCAGCAGCUCUGAAAGCAAAGCCAGACUGAGGAGGAGGAGGAGGAGGAAGAGGACAGAAAAAAAGGGUGCAUGGUUUUUAGCUAGGUACUAAAUAUGAGUGAGAAUGAGUCGGUACUAACACCUAAGACACAAACAAGUUAACUUUACUGAGAGAAAGACGAAAAAAAGAUGGUAAAACGAUGGAGCAGAUCAGAAAGGACAAAGAGCGAAGAAGCUGGAGGGGGAGGGGUGUGGACAAGGAGGAGGAGGAGCAGGAGGAGGGAUGAAGAUGGUGUAUGAAUGUAGAGUAGUGUAGCAGUAGAGUAAAUUUAACUUGUGUGGUACUUUCAGGUACGUGAAUGGCGUGGCUUUGGCUUUGUGGCUGAAGUGUGGCGAUGCUGCGCCCCCUGGUGGCGAGUCGGAAGAGAGACGCUGGAACAUCAGAGUCCAUCAUUUAUCCUCAUCUUCCAUUAUUUACCUUUUCUCUUAGUCAUUGUGUGAAAUGACUAAAGACCAAACCACCGCCUGACAUUUGGGCCUGUUUGGCGUCUUACUGAUGAGCCACUGGUACAAGCCCACCUGCAGCCAGUACAGGUGUGACCUGAUUUAACAGUUUGGGUAUAAAUGUUUCAUCCUGGUUGAAGGUGAUGCUGACGUUGAGUCCUGUGGGACGGGGCUAAAGGUACAAGUAGUGGAGGGUUCAUAUUAAAAUGUGUCUGAAUUCAGCUGGAAGUCACCAUCAAGUCAUGUUUGACUUCUAAUUAACAAAGUUAGUUAAAAAAAAAGAAACACAGCUUUCUCCAGUUUACCCGAAACAAAUCAAGAUCUAUAUAAAAAUAAAAACAUCAAUUGUUUGCUGUUUGAUAAGAGCUGGGAAACUUUUUAAAAUCUAACUUAUUGAGGAAUUUUCUUUUUCUGAACAAGAGAUUCUGACUUUCCGGUUGCCCUUGAAUGCAUCAUCAGGGAGCUUGCUUGUCUUGUUUUGCUUUCAUUGACUAGAAACUCUGAAUUUCUGACGUCUUAUGAGGAGAAAUCGAAGCAAACUCCAUCAGAAGUCAGAUUUCUGUGACAGCAGGAUCUGGAUUCUGAGUUCCAGCUCUCUGGUUCGUGGGUAGUUUAAUGUCAGCCUUGUUCGUCCGGUGUUUCUGUAACUCUGAGGAACACAAACGCACCACAUCUGCCUCUCAUCCAAUCAGAAACUCCUUCACACAAAGAUGCUGUUUUAUAGACCAAAAGAAAGUCUGUCCUCUUCUGUCCUUCCUCCACCCUACCCAGUCUCACACCAACACACUCCCAGUCCAGGGUUUGACUGGGACUCUGGGGAUGACAUCAUCCUGUAAGCGAUGAUGAUGAUGGUACUCCCUCCAUGGUAUUGUCUUUAUUAUGUUUUUAAUGAACUGUAGCUACACCUUUGCUUUUAAUAGCAUUUUUUCUUGACACUAUUAUAGGUCGAAUUGCCUUGUUUUCAUUUUGUACAUGUAUGUUGAAUUAAUUCAUUAAUUAAGCCCUUUUUUUCAUUUGUUACCGUUUGUUUACAGACAGUAUUAUUAUAUACGGUGUCUUUUUUUCUCUGAGUACAGGCGUAAAGCCGAUUCUUUUCUUUGGAAAAGGAAUUUGAUGGUAGACUUUUCUGAGUGUGAGCUGUAAUGCAUUUUAACCGAACCGAACUUAAACCUUUGCUGUUCUCUGAGGUAAAGGAUGUUUUUGUUCUGGACAUAUCGGUCCUGAUGCUGUUCUGCACUGAGCUUUUACGGAGAAUCGUUUCACAGCAGACGUGUAGAGGGACGUGUUGGCUUUUAUAAAAUAUUAGAAGAACCACAACCUCCUCAUGUGCCACAGCAGUUUUCAGGCUCUGAGGCUCGGACGCUGCACAACAGCCUGAUUUUGUAUAAUCAGUUAAAUUUGUCUUGUAACCUCGAUAUCAUAUAAAGUGUCCUAUGGAUGAGCUGAUCUGACCGUGUGCAGAGUCUGAGGCCAGCUGAGCUGUUUUACAUCUACAUGUGUAUUAUUUUUUUGUUCCCGCCACCAUAUCUCAUCCCUCCUUGAGGCGCUAACCCAGACGUGUGAUUAAUGGAGGGAAUGAGACGUGGUGAAGAGUGCUGGUUUGGAAGCGAGAGCAUCAAACAAGAUGAGAAAAGAGAAAGUGUAAAUAUCUCAAAAUAAUUGCUGGAGUAUGAAUGAUUACUACAAGGAAAAAAUAAAGAUUGAAUGAAACUUA